CUUCCACCCACCUCCACAUCCUCACUCCUCUCUCUCUCUCUCUCUCUCUCUCUCUCUCAAACCCCCUCGUUAAUUUUCUUGGAGAAGAUCAAUCAAAGCCCUCUCAUCCGUCAUCCACCAUCGCCAGGCAGCAGCCAUGUCCAAGGACUGCGGCAACCACAAGCGAGAGAUCCUCCUCCGCAAGCUCUGCUCCCUCCUCGUCCUCCUCGUCAUCAUCGUCCUCAUCGUCAUCCUCAUCGUCUACCUCGUCCUCCGCCCUACCAAGCCCAAAUUCUUCCUCCAAGACGCCACCGUCCUCCAAUUCAACCUCUCCCAACCAACCCCCAACCUCCUCUCCUCCCAACUCCAGGUGACUCUCUCCUCCCACAACCCCAAUGCCCGCAUAGGAAUCCUGUACGACCGAAUGGACGUGUACGCCUCCUACCAGUGGCAACAAAUAACCCUCCCCGCCCGCCUCCCUCCGAUCUACCAAGGCCACAAAGACGUGGACGUUUGGUCGCCGUUCAUCACCGGAUUCGGAAUCCCAAUCGCUCCGUACCUGGGCCAGUCCCUCAUCCAAGACGAAUCCGACGGGUUCUUCUUUCUCUACGUCAAAGUCGACGGGAGAAUCCGGUGGAAAGUUGGGAGCUGGACUUCCGGGCAUUAUCACUUGUUUGUGAACUGUCCUGCUUACUUGUCGUUUGAUCGGAGGUCCAUCGGCAAUGGAGGUGGGUCGUCGGCGAUGUCUUCGAUUAAGUUUCAGCAGAUCUCGACCUGUAGCGUUGAUGUUUAAGAUGUAAGUUCUCUGAAUUUUUUGAACUCUUUUUUUUUUGGUGUUGUAUAUUGUUAUUAUGGAGGAAAAUAAGGGUGCGCUUGCUUAAAGGACAAGAGUAUGAAUAUGAUUAAUGAUUAAUUUUUGUUUAAGACAAGGGUUAAUGGAAGACAGGGUGGUUCGCUUUUUAGAUUUA